AUGGAAGCUGUUGCAUUUCGCCGAAUGCUUCAAGCACCGGCAGGAGUCGGAAACUCCAUGCUCCGUCAUGGCCAACGCUCUGUCCUCCCCGCCAUGCGCAAGUACAGCUCAGCACCAACCGUUGCGCAACCUUCAUUCUGGAAAUCCCUAAUACCAAAGCCCUGGCGCCCAAAGGAGAAGCGGCCUGAUGUCAACUUCGGACCCCCCAAGACCCUCAAGAAGCCCAAGAAGGACUGGAACCCUGCCACGUUCUACAUCGUCAUCUUCCUCUUCAUCGGUUCCAUGUCCAUCCAGAUGAUCUCCCUCAGGAAAGACUUCAACACUCACAUGAGGAGAGCCGAAACCAAGAUCGGCAUCUUACGAGAGGUUGUCGAGAAGCUCCAGCGCGGAGAGGACGUCGAUGUCGAGAAGGCCCUGGGCACAGGAGAUGCUGAACACGAGAAAGAGUGGGAGAACGUGUUAAGGGAAAUUCAACAAGACGACGUCAUACAAACUCCAAAGCGACCAGAUCGGCCGAGACACUCUUCCGGCGCAAGAGACGAACCCAAGCCAGAACCGACGCCAGCACCAGACUCAAAAUCACGCUCGGAAAGUACGACGGAGAAGCCCAAGUCCUCGACCCCCAGCUUUUCUGGAUUCUAUUAA